GGGGAUAAAUUCUUAGUAAACUGUCAAAUUUAACUGCUUUUGACAGUGAAUACUUUGGUUAUGUAUCUCCAUAAGUAUCGUAGAAGAAAAUGAUAUUAAGAAAUUAUCCAUUUCAAUGGAUUUUUAUGAUAAUUUUCUUAGCUCUGUGUCUGUACCUGAAAAUUAAAUUGAAUUAUUUAGAAGAAAGCAAUAGAGUACUGCAAGAGGCAAUUACUCUUAUUCGGAAUCAGCCAAAAAGCAAUGCUCUUUCGGCUAUUGAAAUUCAUCGAGACAAUCAUCUUGAUGAUUCCAUUGUUAUUUAUAACAGGGUUCCUAAGACAGGAUCUACAAGCUUUGUUGGUAUAGCGUAUGAUCUAUGCAAGCAAAACAAGUAUCAUGCGCUUCAUAUUAAUGUGACCAAUAAUAUGCACACUCUUACGCUUCCUAAUCAGGUGCAAUUUGUAAAUAAUGUAACUCAGUGGGAUGUGAUGAAACCUGCAUUUUAUCAUGGCCAUAUGGCUUUUUUAGAUUUUGGCAAAUUUGGAGUUAAGCAGAACCCGCUAUAUAUAAAUUUAUUACGCAAGCCCUUAGAUAGAUUCAUUUCUUAUUAUUAUUUUUUGCGAUAUGGAGAUAACUUUAGACCGCAUCUCAUUAGGAAGAAACACGGAGAUACAAAAACGUUCGAUGAAUGUAUCAAGGUGGGCCAAGCUGACUGUGAUCCUGAUAACAUGUGGUUGCAAAUUCCUUUUCUCUGUGGCCAUGAUCCACAAUGCUGGAUAGCUGGCAAUAAGUGGGCAUUGGAGGAAGCCAAAAGAAAUCUGGAAAAGCAUUACCUUCUGGUCGGUGUUACCGAAGAAUUAGCAGAGUUUGUACAAACUCUGGAAAUUGUACUGCCACGCUUUUUUAAGGGAGCAUACGAUCAUUUUCUUCACAGUAAUAAAUCACAUUUGAGACAAACUACUCAAAAGAUGGAUCCGCUUCCUGAGACUGUGGAGAAGAUAGAGAAAUCUACUGUGUGGAAAAUGGAAAAUGAGUUAUAUCUGUAUGCACUCUCUCAUUUUCAUGCUGUUAAGAAGAGACUCCUAAAUCCAUCGAUGCAAGACGGUAAUCAGCGAUUUAUGUAUGAGAAAAUAAGGCCAAAAUAAAUAUCACUUUACUAAUUUUGUUUAUUAGUAAAAAAAAAUUA